UCAGCCAAUUUUGUUUGUUUUGCAUUUUCCCUUGUUACAAUCCCUUUAAAGUGGACAUUACAAUAGGGGGAGAAAUUAAAUUCUGAUGAAAAGUGGGGAAAGAUCCUUUAUAAUCUGGUUUGCUUAAUAUAUGUGUAAGAGGACUUUAUCACCUUGCUUGUGAUGUCACGGAAUAUUUUCUCUCGGCAUGAAUUUUUUUUUUCUAUGCUUUACAAAAAAAUAUGAUUUUGCUUCAUUAUUUCUAUGGGCUUUAAAAGCUUAUAAGUACCAAAUACUAUUCAGUGAUUAGUAUAUAUAUUAGAGAAAACUUUCAUUGAUAAUUUAUAUACUUUUUAUAAGAAAGCCCUGCUUGCUGGUGUGAAAUUCCGAUUUGGUUUAACUUUGUUUUUAUAAAUAGUACAGGCAGUCAAAGAAGUUAGUUUUUAUAUGCAGGAAUGAAAGAUAAGUGAGGGACAUGGGUAGUGCUAAAAUACUAGUAUAUCACACAUAGUUAUAACCUUAACUCAAAAUAGGUAUAUAAUGCAUUAAGCAUUUACUUGGUUACAUUUGAAAUAGCAGCUGUCAGGGAAAGGGAAUAAGAUUCAGUGAGAUAAGCUAAACUUAUAUUAGCCUGUAGCCAGGAUAGAAAGAGCAUCAUAAGCCAACAUAUACAAGUUUGUGCAUAUGUAUAUGUAUAUGUAUAAAUAUAUAAAAUGUUUAUUUAUAUAUUUAUAUUUAUAUAUGUACUUUUUUUUUCCUAUGCCUGUUUUUGUGUGUGGUCCUUUUUUAUGACACCCUUCAAUUUCUAACUGUUAUCCAUAUGUAUAGUAGCACAAAAGGGAAGUGUUGAAUGCUUAUGAAUAAUACAUUUAGCCAAGUGUCGGAGAGAAACAGGCCAUAGUACUGAAGGUGAUGGCCGCCGUCACAGAUCAUCUUCGAGAACUUGGUUCCUUGCAAUUCCACGACAGUGAGCAGGAAAAAGAAAUGGAGAGUGAGGUAGAUGUGAAAGAUCAGCACCACUCUAUUUUGUGUAAAUUAAGUGCCUUAAAAAUUGAAUUGAGUAAAGUGUCUGAGCUACAUCCGAGACUAGUGACCGCUUCUAAGGAUGAAAGAAUUGCAGAAAAGCAGAAAAGUAUUUUGAAGGUGAUCAGGGCACUCAAGGAAGAAGUUCACCAUAUUGCUGAGCUCCAGGAGAGAGAGAAGGAAUGUUCCACAAAACUGGAUGUAAUCACCCACCACAAGGAAGUCUUGAAGAAACUUGCAUCCCUCCAGGAGGAGUUGGUCAAGUUGUUGAGGGGUCUGCGUGACCUGUCAUGGGAGGUAGUCCACAGGCCAUGUGGAUGUCUAUUUGAUGAGUUUAAAACCUCUUCCUCAGUUGCUCUAUCCCUCUCCUCUCUCUCUGAGCCCUCAUCAAUAGUGGAAACUAACCAAGCUGGUCUAUGUUUUCCACCGGCUCAAGCCCCUACUCCCCACCCCAAAGACUGUGGAAUAUUUUGGGUAAAUUGGAAGUUUGCUAUUUUGAAGUGUUGCUGCACUCAUCAAAUGAGAGACAUUCAGAUGUGAAUUGAAAGCAUUAGAACUGAGUUGUGAACUAACCCUGUGUGUGCUGCAAAUCAGAAAUGAGACUGUUAUCUAUGGAGUUUGAUAUAGUAGUGGCAAGUUAUGUUGUUGCUUAACAAAUCCUCUGCCGAUAAGUCUGGCAUGCAGAAGUUUUCUUCUUUUUUUGUAAUGCGAGUUGAUGUUUUAUAGUGGUUUUAUAGUUGUUGUUUUUUGUUUUAGUAGAAGUGAAGGUUCUUGCCAAACACUUUUAUUCAUUUAUAACUCCUUGACAUUUUAUAAAAUGCCAUUAUGCUGAUAUAAAAACACACACACACACACACACACACACACACACACACACACACACACACACACACACACACACACACACACA